GUUCGUGAUCACAGCCCUAAAUCUCUUGGUGUUGUUGCUACCCACCCUGCCUGCGACUCGUGCCUAGAUCCCGUCCUCCGUCCACGAUGCGCACCAUCGCCCCCCUCCUCGCCCUCGCCGGGACGCUCGCCCUGGCCUCCAAGUGUUCAUCCCGGCCCUACUCGGAAUGGCUCGCCUCCUCCUUCAUCGCCCGCAAGACCCCGAUCGACGCGGGCUACGGCCCGGCCGUGCUAUACGACGGCAUCGCUCGCGCCGCCGCCCAUGUCGGCAACGCGACGCUCCUUGCCGCCGCCGAGGCGGCUGUCUCCUCGCUCGUCUCGGACGCGGGCGUGAUCGACGGCUGGGACCCGGAGUGGUAUUCGCUCGACGACCUGCGCAUCGGGAACAACCUCCUCUGGUUCCACCAGCGCACCAACGAGACCAGAUACAAGGUCGCCGCCGACGGGCUGCGGCGGCAGCUGGGCCGCUGGCCGAGGACGCCGAGCGGCGGGUUCUGGCACCGCGCGCCCAUCUACGAGGACCAGAUGUGGCUGGACGGCAUCUACAUGGCCGAUACCUUCUACGCGACCUACGUCUCGCUGUUCGAGCCGCGCAACACGACGGCGUGGGACGAGAUCGCGCUGCAGUUCGACCUCAUUGAGGAGCACACGCGGAACCACACGAGCAACCUGCUGGUGCACGGCUACGACGAGGCCCGGGACGCCGUGUGGGCUGACCCGAUCACGGGCGCGAGCCCCCUGGUCUGGAAUCGCGCGGUGGGCUGGUACUUCAUGGCGCUCGUCGACACGCUGCAGGUCUGGCCGCGCGACCACCCGGCGUACGGGCGGCUGCUGGGCUACUUCGCCACCCUCGCCGACGGGCUCGAGAGGAGCCAGGACGAGGGCGGCGGGUGGUGGCUCAUCAUGAACGAGGGGUACGAGGCGCGCGCGGGGAACUACAUCGAGUCGAGCGCCGCCGCCAUGUUCGCGUACGGCCUCCUCCGCGGCGUGCGGGACGGGUUCCUGGCGGCGCGGUACCGGGACGUCGGCCUGCGGGCGUACCGGCUGCUGACGAGGGACUUUAUCCGGGAUGACGGGGACGGGAACGUCAGCUUCCUGGGCACCGUCCGGGUCGGCAGCCUGAACUCGAACGCGAGCUUUGAGUACUAUGUCAGUAUCCCAGUCGUCGAGAACGAUGCCCGUGGCGGGGGUUCGUUCAUGUUCGCGGCCAUCGAGGCCGAGAAAAUCAAGGCCUAGAGUCGUCUGGUGUGAUUUUGAAAGCCACAAGGGGGCAGAGACCCCCCCCACUGCAGUCCUCGUAGAUGGUAUUGGGUUUUCCAAGGAAGUAUGAUAU